AUGGUCUUUGAAAUAAGUAUCAUUUUGAAUGGACCGCAGGUGUAUGCGCUGACCUUGGCUGAUCUAGCAGAGAUUCUGGUACAUAUCUGCUUCCUAGGGGAAAAUCCAGUUUUAGUCUAUAUCAAUAUCAAUAGACCAAAGACCGCUCACCCAGCUGUUAAAGGUGGAGAGAAAACUUCCGGCUUCCGCAAAGGUCGUAUCUAUCAGUUUCGAAUUCCCGUUCCGGGCGAGGAUUGGAACUCAAAAGCCGCGGGGCUACCCCGGCCCUCGUCGCAGCGCAGCGCAGCCCGCCCGGGUUUCCCGCAGCAGAACUGCAGGAGGCGGAACGCUGCGCGCUUCCGAGGCGCGCUUUGGGCCGGGAGCCUCGGGAUGCAGGCGGAAGAGGAAGAUCCUUUGCAGUCUGUUAAGGAAGACGCUGGGAGUGGAAUUGCUCUGGAUGCUUUCUAUCUUCAAUCACUUAUUAUUGAUACAUUCCAUGAUAAAGGAUUUCAGAAAAUAGAAGAAUAUUUUCAACAGAGAGCAAGCCACAUUCCUCAAAAAUACAAUCAUCUUGUAUUCUCUCAUCUUGACAGAUCAAUAAAUAAGGAACUGGAGAAAAAGGAGUUUCGGUAUGUUUCGCUGUUGCUGAAAUGUAUUCAGCGAUUCUUCAUGGAUGGCCUCAAAGAAGAUGAACCUUUGCUAAUUCAGCAGGGACUGAUCCCAAAGAUGGUUUCCUGGUUUGGAAAAACAACAGAAUUUCUGACCAUGGCAGAUCUAGCGUCCGACACAUCCCUGACUGAUGUUACAGAAGACUUCUUUGACACAGCCUUGAUUAUUUCCAGGAGUAGUAGUAAAGGGAAAAUUGAGAUGUUGGAUUCCUUCAUACUUACCUUAGGAUUUCUGGUGACAGAAAAGACUGUAAAUCGUUUCAUUCAGCAGGAGGCUUUGAAAACUUUGAACUCCAUUUUUCAUGCCAUGCCUCGGGAAGAGCGAAGACGACUCCCCUUGUUGGAAGGUCCACGUCAUCUUAUGAAAGACCUGGCAAGGACAAUCUUGACUGUGGGUGAUUAUGACCAGCAGGUUGCUCUUUCUGAAGCAUUGUGUAGGCUGACCUUGAAAAAAUCAAGGGAUGAGCUUGUCCAUGAGUGGUUUGAAGAUGAUGUCAUUGCUGAAGCUUUCAAAGAAAUUAAGGAUCGAGAAUUUGAGACGGAUAGUAGACGGUUUCUCAAUUACCUAAACAACAGACUUGGAGAUGAAAGAAGGGUCUAUUCAUUUCCGUGUAUUGCUGCCUUUGCUGAUGGGCACGAGAUGAGGAAACCAGAAGAUGAAAAACUAGAGAAAUUUUGGAUUGACUUCAACCUCGGAAGUCGGAGUGUAACUUUUUAUAUAGACAAUACGAAGAGUGCUCUGUGGGACUCAGUAAGACUUUUGAAGGAAGCAGUGAUUAACUUCAGCAUAAUAGAAACUGAAAAUAGGAAGAUCCUCAUUAUUUGCCUGCAGAAGCCUAUUAAUAUUGACAACAAAGAAGUGAUGAAAAUAGAAAUCCAUUUUGAUUUGCAAUUCAACAUAUCACAAGCUUCCAUUGAAGCUUUAGGAGAAGACAAACAGGUGUUGCCUGACCAGACAAGAAGCUCCUCAGAACUUUCUGGUAAACUUGAGAAAGAAGACCCUGACAUUCCUAGCAGCCUUGAGAGAGAGACAGACCAGAAAGAAGAAUCCACCAAGCUGGCAGAAUUAAUGAGUGCCAGAGAUGACCGUUGCCCAAUAACUGUCCCCUUAAAUGACCAGUCUGAACCUUUUAAUUACAGGAAACACCUAUUCUCGGAGAGUAAUCAGGAUUCAAGUAGUAGUACCAGUGAACUAUCGUGGACCAGUAACCAAAAAAAGAAAUCCCUAAAACCAUAUUCUAGUAGAAAAAAGACAAGAAUCAGAAACAGCAUAAGAGUUCUGCCAUUUUCCCCUCCCAGAAGUGGCAGUGACCAUGAGAAAGACCAAGCUAAACUUCUAACACCGUUAUGGAAAGAUACCUCCAGGCAGAAUAAUUCCACACCUUCAAAAUUUUCUGGAACAAAACUUCAGGGUAGUUCUGACUUUUUAACUGCGGAAGAUUCUGCCCAGAAAACAGAACCUCAAAGUCCCUACCCACUGAGCGAUCUGUCAUCCUUGGAGCAUUCAGAAGUUGAAGAAAAUCCGGUAGACCAAGAGUCCUCGAUGAAAAGUACUAGCUUCAAACAUAAACUGCAAAACUUGGAAGACGGAGACAUAUCAGAUGGCAGUUUUGCUAAGUCAAAACAGUCAAAAUUGGAAGAAGGUGCUGCUCCAGAAUCCCUCGCCUCAGUGACAAAAGAGACAGACUCAGAAGGCAUUUCUACUCCAUCUCUAGCAGUUGUACCAGAGAAUUCAAAGAGUUCUGCUGUUAUCACAGCCCUUGAAAACUUCGCUAGAGAACUGAAAAGAAAAUCCGAGCUUAGGUACAAAGGGAGUCCACUUUAUUCAGAAGAUGCAAAGCAAGCACCAGAUUGCUUAAUCCAGCUUUUAAACCAGAUACAUCAAUGCAGACUGAAUAAACUACAACAGUUUCACAGUUUUGUUCUUCAAGAGCUGAACAAUCUUGAGAAGGAUAUUCAGGCUCUGAAACACCUUGAGAAGGAUGUUCUGGAAUUUUGGGAAAAACAGUCUGAUGAUUUGAAAUCAUUCUGUGAUCUGCAAGUGCUGAGGUAUUUUUUCAAAGUAUUCUUUCUAGAAGUAUCUUAG